GCUUAAGGCCAGCCGCCGUCCUGGUCCUGCCAGCAAUCGAGGCCAAGUCUCUGGGAUCGUACCGCGGUGCGAAGCCCGUCGUACCCCAGAGACCAGCGGGCCGCUUGCCUGGCAGGAGGAGCCGCGCGCAGGCGGCCGCAGGGCAUGGAAGCGGAGAACGCGGGCAGCUGUUCCCUUCAGCAGGCUCAAGCUUUUUAUACGUUUCCCUUUCAACAAAUGAUGGCCGAGGCUCCCGAUAUGCCAGUUAUGAACGAACAGCAAAUGCCAGCAGAAGUCGCAGCCCCAGCUCCUGCUGAGGAACCUGUACAAGAGGCUCCAAAAGGAAGAAAAAGAAAAACUCGAGCAACAGAACCCAAAAAACCAGCAGAACCCAAAAAACCUGCUGAGGCAAAAAAAUCUGGCAAAUCUGCCAAGUCAAAGGAAAAGCAAGAAAAAAUUACAGAUGCGUUUAAGGUGAAAAGGAAAGUGGACCGUUUUAAUGGCGUGUCAGAGGCCGAACUUCUGACCAAGACUCUCCCUGAUAUUUUGACCUUCAACUUGGACAUUGUAAUUAUUGGCAUAAAUCCAGGACUAAUGGCUGCUUACAAAGGACAUCAUUAUCCUGGACCUGGAAACCAUUUUUGGAAGUGUCUGUUCAUGUCAGGGCUGAGUGAGGUCCAGCUGAACCACAUGGACGAUCACACUUUACCUGGGAAGUAUGGCAUUGGAUUUACCAAUAUGGUGGAGAGGACGACGCCGGGAAGCAAGGAUCUUUCCAGUAAAGAAUUUCGUGAAGGAGGACGUAUUCUAGUCCAGAAAUUACAGAAAUAUCAGCCACGAAUAGCAGUGUUUAAUGGAAAAUGUAUUUAUGAAAUUUUUAGUAAAGAAGUUUUUGGAAUUAAGGUUAAGAACUUGGAAUUUGGGCUUCAACCCCACAAGAUUCCAGACACAGAAACUCUCUGCUAUGUGAUGCCAUCAUCCAGUGCAAGGUGUGCUCAGUUUCCUCGAGCUCAGGACAAAGUUCAUUACUACAUUAAGUUGAAGGACUUAAGAGAUCAGUUGAAAGGCAUUGAACGAAACACAGACGUUCAAGAAGUGCGGUACACAUUUGACUUACAGCUUGCCCAAGAGGAUGCAAAGAAGAUGGCUGUUAAGGAAGAAAAAUAUGAUCCUGGUUAUGAAGCAGCCUACGGUGGUGCUUACAGUGACAACCCGUGCAAUAGUGAACCUUGCAGCUUCUCGUCUAAUGGGCUAGCUGCGGACAGUGCGGAGUUAAGAGAAUCAGCUCUCAGUGACAUUCCAGAUGGGCAGUGGAUGGCCCAGCCGUUUACAGACCAGAUUCCUCCCCUGAACAAUCACUGUGGAGCGCAGGAGCAGGGUGUCUAAGAAUGCUGUUCAGCUCCACGGGAAUGCUGCAGUUUUAAUGCAGUUGUCCAGAUACGGGACCUCAGCGUGCUAACUGAGUAUUUUAGUAGUAGUUUACUCUAGCCAUGUCAUUAGUGUAGAACAGUUGUGUGAGAGAAUCAACUGUAUGAACCUAAGUAAUUUGGAAGGAAAAGUAGGGUUUUUUUGUAUGUGAUUUUGUAUGUGAAUUAACCAUCAUUCCAGCUUUUUAUAUAUUUCAUGUGUGAAGAAAUUGAUUUUCUUUUGGGAGUCACUUUUGAUCUAUAAUUUUAGAAUACAGCAGUCUGAAUAUUUAUAGUUGAUCCUUAACUGUGCAUAAACCUAGGCAGACUAUUACUCCUUUUAUGCCUAAGGAGGGUGUGCUCAUGAUAAGAAUUAGCACAGGUAAGGAACAAAUAUGUUGAUUUUCACAUAUGAAGUUAGCCCUCAGUGGAGCCCCAUUUGUUAGCAUUUGGUGGUUACUGAGGGUCACCCCAGAGCUGCCUAAGUUGCUCUCAGCUCAGACCUCUUCAUGUUAGGAGUGGUGUUGAGAGUUACUUAGCAGUAGAAAUAUGGAGUGUGGCCUUGCUAUGGCAGGGCUGGCCCAACCUCCUUCCCUGGCUUUGGCCUCCUGGCCCCUGUGUGCUAAUCCUCCAGGAGGCAGAAGCUCUCCACUGGAGCGGUAGGUUCCAGAGAGUGCAGCAGAACUCUGACAUUUUGUCACUUAGCUGUGUUUUACUUGAGAGAUAAAUUUGAUAGGGAAGGAACUGAAUUUCUCUGUCAGUAUUUAUCACCAUUGUAAUUUUAGCCUUGAUUUUAAGGUUGGUGACAUGGAAAGGGGUAAGAAAUGAAUUUUCAGGCUGAGCAAAAGAUGGCUGGAGGGGUUUGAUAAUCUUACUUAAACCGGUGCUUUCUGUACAUGAGAUGUACCAAAAUAAAUAAUGCAGAACCUUUCUUGCCAGGUAAAUCUAGUAAGCCAAUAAUUUUAAAAAUCCUUUCUCUGCAUCAUUGCUGUUACUUAGUUGCUAUGGACUAAGUGAAUCUCGUGGGAAGAUUGGUUUGAAAUCUGUACCUUUGUGAUUUUCUGAUGCCUUUCCCAUGGUGCUACAAAUAGUCCAGACCCCUAGUCUGGUAGACGUUGAAGCUGGGUAUUCAGAAAUGGCCAUUUGCAUUGACUCCUACUCACUCCUGAAUACUCCAGUUCCGUACAUACCCAGGGAGCAUGCUCAUUUUCAAUAUGAAAUAUUUACAAGGUUCCUCUUUCCCCCGAGAGGUGGUAUGUCUUGUUCUUCUCUUUGUAAUAAGAGAAACAAAUUCUUGUGACUCUUAGUAUGCUUUUUAGCUGUGGUAAUGAUGGUUUUAUUUUUCCUGAAGUCUAGGUCAAGCUGUGUGGAAGUCAUUCGUGUUAUUUAAUGAUGUACUGUACUGCUGUUUACAUGGCCGUCGUCUGCGGGUGCUCUGAAGUGCCUUGCAUCAGGGAUUAGGAGCAAUGGAAUUAUUUUUUCAUGGGACUAUGUAAAGCAUGUAACUAGGUAUGGCUGUAGGAAAUAACUAUUGUAGCUUUACAAUAGAUUUUUUUAUUUGACUGGAGAAAAUACCUUUUAAAUUAUGACAGAUGCCCACUAGAUAAUGGGUGUGAAGAUUUUCCAAGCCUACAAUAAUGGUGUUUUACAUUGAAUUUGACAGAUACAUAAUAAAUGUUGGUAUAUGCUGUACAUGACAGUAUGAGA